AUGCUCCACCCCAUGCUGCUGUGUGGGGAGCGGGGGUCCCCCUACCUAAGAAAGCCCUCGGGCAAAGAGACGCAGGUGUGGCAGCAGUGGGGAGGCCCAGCAGCGAUGCUGAGCACAUGUGAUCCGGACACGUGGGAGGCGGAUGGUAUGGAUGUGGGAGCUUGCUCUGUGAGGGGACGCCAAGUCCCACGCGCGCCCGAAAGAGGGCGCUCCGCGCACAGUCGCCUGGCGGGGGCGGUGCUUCAGCGGCCGCGGGGCGCAGGCGCACUCGUGGCCGCCGCGUCCGAGGCGGAUGUUCCCCAGCGGAGGCGGGUGAGCGGCUCUGCGCAGGCCGAGGGCGGGAGUGUGGGCGGUCGCGCGGGGAUCCGAGCCACCUGGGGCGGCAGGGAUGGACUGCAGUUAGGAGGCCUCGGGGUGUACUCGACCUGGCGCGGCCUGUGGAAGACUCAGCGCCGCUCUCUCGACCCUCUGGCCUCCAGAGAGCCGUGUCCUCCGGAGUGCGGCUCCAUGUACACGCCGCAGGCCUCGCGGGGCUGGCUGACGGCCGCGGGUCGGGGGAGAAGGCCCGGGACGUCGGGAAGGGGACUUGGGGGCCCCACGAGGAGCCCAGGGGUCUGCGGGCGCCGGGCCUGCUGUGAAAUGUACCUGUCGGGCCUCGGUUUGCCAAUUUUUAAAAGCAAGCAUGGCCCCUGCGCGGCCCGAGUGCUCGCAGCACCCUGUGAGCGGCUUACCUCGAGUCACCUUCAUCAACUCUUCUGCCUAACAGAUCGAGUCCGUGGCCGGAACUCCUGA